GCAUAGCGCCCACAUAAAUUGAAUUAUGUGAUUUGUGAAGAUGUUAUUGACAUAUAGCCUACUUGGCAACAGGGAUAUGCCAAAUUGAAAAGGGCGUCUCAUUGAAGCAGAAAUAGUAUUUGAUUGUGUUCAGUAUACACUUACAUGUGACGUCCAUGUACACUGAUUGAAUUGCAAGUUUUCUGUAAAAUUGUAAAAUUAUUGACGGAUGCACAUGUAUGAUGGGCAUGGCUGGCUGUUUGUUAGUCCUCAACCAAAUUGCUCCCCCCGAAAACAACACUUUUCUCUUCUCAAUCAACUUUUGAUGAAAAACAUAUUGAACUGUAUUAGACCCUCUUGCUGUAAGACCUACCCCUCACCCUCCAAAACACGCCUACAUUCAGUUUCAAACUGUAAAAUCUGUGUUAUGUCCUCAUUUUCCGCAUGUUUCGACGCUAUCCGGGCGAUGGGCGGUGUGACUUUGGAAGCAUUCACUUCUCUGGAUACAUCACUUUGAUAUUUCCUGCAGGGAUCCUACAGCUGAGCGCUGCUUGUCUUCUAACUGAACAUCUGAAAUGGCAUUAAAUGGUAAAACCGCAGUGGUGACUGGAGCAGCGAUGGGGAUAGGAAAAGCAAUGACGGAAAUACUCCUGAAAAACGGUGCCAAGGUAGUCCUCUUGGAUGUGAAUGAAACUGCAGGAAAGAAUUUAAAAGAAGCCCUCGAUAAAGAAUAUGAACAGGAGAGGACUUUGUUCCUCAACUGUAAUGUUGAAUCAGAGGAGCAGUUUAAAGCUGCCUUGCAGAAAAGCACUGAAUCAUUCGGAGGAAUAGACAUCCUGUGCAACAACGCUGGCAUCAUGAAUGAGGCCAUGUGGGAGAAAACGGUCUCCAUAAACCUUAUGGGUGUUAUCAGAGGGACUUACCUGGCUCUGGAGCACAUGAGCAAGUUGAGUGGAGGUCGGGGAGGGGUCAUCGUCAACACUGCGUCCGUUGCAGGUAUUGGUCCCCUACUAAGCUGUCCUGUCUACACAGCAACUAAGCAUGGAGUGGUCGGCUUCACUCGAGCCAUGGCGGAGGCCUCUACCGCAUCAGGUUACGGCAUACGGUUUAACGCCAUUUGCCCGAGUUUUGUCCAAACUGAGCUUUUCUCUGGUCCUCUAUCCCGAUUGGGGCAGUUCAUCCACCUGGCUCCAGCAAUCCAUGCAUUUGCAGAUAAGAUUGGGUUAUUAAAUGUGUCUGAGGUGGCCGAGGCCCUGCUGGAGCUGGUGACUGAUGAGACGAAAAAUGGACAGGCCCUGAUGGUGACCCCGAGAGGAAAAGAAUUUGUGGCUUUUCCUUCACAUUUCUAAUAGCUCUCUCUGUAAAGCAGACAAGAAUGAUUAGCUAAGAUAAUGUAGGUCGGCACAAUGUCCAUGGGAGGUCUAAACAAGAUGUUCUCAAUUUUAUGCCCUUCAUGUACAUCUCUUGUAGUAAUUUCAUGAAGCCUAUUUGUUACACUGUUACACUACUCUUGUCUAAAAGAAGAGCAUAUGAGAAAUGUAGUAUAGAUAUAUUACAGAUUUGUUAAACAUACCUUCAGAUUCUAAGAGUUAUACAUUUGUCAGAUUGAAAACGUGUCUCAUACCCUGUGGCAGACUGUUACUGCAGUUAGAGAAUUGCUCAUCUAAGCUGUAUGCAUUUGCAUCUUGUGCUGGUUUUCACGUGUUUGCCAAUCAUUUAACCCUUGUGCCUUACUUUGUAAAAAUUGCUCCGACAUCCUUAGACGACAAAAACGUUUGUGUCAAAAAAUAUAAAGAAAAGAAAAUAGGACAGAACAGAAGGCUGUUCACAUUGCAGAAAGAGGACAGGAGAGGUUGUAAAAGACCCCCAAUAUGCAUGGAACGUGUGGGCACUUGAAAGAGUGUUGUAUGAUUGAAUUCCAUUUCAUUACAAUUAAAAAAUGAUACAU